AUGAGCACUGUCAGCGCAAAUAAGCGCCGACGGCCGAACCUGCCUCCUCAGCCACUCAACUUGGUUCUUAACGUGAAACCCAACGACCCUCAGCCCAGUGCCGGAUUCAUGCCCUCGUGCAAGCUACCCCUGACGGCGGACGCUCUGAUGCAGGACCCAGCAUAUACUACCUUCAUGGACUUCAGCGAAAUGGAAAUCAAACCGAAUGCAGAUGAACUGCCGCUCCUCGUUUGCCCCAACGGCUACAUCUUCCUGGAAACCGGUUCAACGAAUCUCAAGAGCGCGACGGAGUUCGUAAUAGCAAUCGCGGAGCCGGUGAGUCGGCCGGAGGUAAUUCACGAGUUCCAAUUGACGGUGUUUAGUCUGUAUGCAGCGUUGAGUAUGGGUUUAACUUGCGACGAACUUUUGGCUCGUUUGGAGCGGUACAGUAAGAAUGUGGUGUCUCCGAUAUUGAUAGCGGAAGUGCGUCGGCACGGUGCGUCAUUUGGUCGAGUGAAGUUGGUUUUGAGAGACCGUAAGUACUUCAUUGAGUCUUCAUAUCGGGAUGAGUUGGAGUUGUUGGCUGCGAAUCCGGUUAUAGCUGCCGCACGAGUGCAGAAUUCAUUGACGAUGCGGAACGUGCAGAAGACGGAGGAGGAAUCUGGGGGUAGUAAGAGUGCUCAGACGACGGUUGCAGUGGGUUCGAAAAACGACUUCAAUGUUGAGGUGGAAGAUCGUGUGGAGGAGAAACUGUUGGAAUUUCUGGCACAGGGGGAGCCGCAAGGGCCGCCGGGUGCCGAGAAUGAGGAAGUAGAGGAUGUGGUGCCCAAGGUGGACAAGCCGGACUUGGUGUAUUCGUUCCAGGUGGAGGAGAGCCGAGUGGGUGCGAUAAAGGAAGUUGCAUUGACUGUGUUGGGGCGACCGUUGUUGACGGAGUAUGACUUCUGGCGAGACGCAAGCAACCCACCUCUCCAGAUAAGUUUGAAUCAGGAGACCCGCAUCCGCUACUAUCAGGAGCGUGCAUUGCGCAAAAUGUUUAGCAACGGACGUGCCCGGAGCGGGAUUAUUGUGCUGCCUUGCGGUGCUGGCAAAACGCUGACGGGCAUUACGGCGGUGACGACAAUCAAAAAAUCCGCGAUGGUCCUGACCUCGUCCUCGGUGGCAGUGGACCAGUGGAAGAGGUCAUUUUUACUGUUCACGACGGUGGAUCCUAGCAAGGUGGUGGCACUAACAGCAGAUAACAAGAGCGACUUGCCUGAGGACGCGUGUGUUGUUUGCAGCACGUACACCAUGAUGGCGUAUAGCGGACGACGCAGCGAAGCGGCGGAACGUAUCAUGCAGCAGAUCCGACGGAAGGACUGGGGUUUGUUGAUCUUCGAUGAGGUCCAAUUCGCCCCGGCGCCGGCGUUCCGUCGAAUUACGGAUCUCUGUCGUAGCCACUGUAAGCUGGGACUGACGGCUACACUUGUAAGGGAAGACGACCUGAUUAAUGAUUUGCAAUGGUUAAUUGGGCCAAAACUCGAUGAGGCUAACUGGUUGGAACUUCAAAAAGCCGGAUACCUUGCGAAGGCCAAAUGUAGCGAAGUAUGGUGUGGUAUGACAAUCGAGUAUUUCCGCGCAUAUCUGAAUGCCAGCCCGAUGAAACAACGAAGGCUGUGGGUAUGUAAUCCUAACAAACUACGUGUGUGUGAAUAUCUGAUCCGUUUCCAUCAGGCGCGUCGUGAUAAGAUUAUUGUUUUUAGUGACAAUCUAUUUGCCCUGAAGGAAGUCGCUUACGCCUUGAAGGCGCCAUAUAUAUCUGGCGAGGUAUCGCUACAGGAACGAAUGGUUAUAAUUCAUAAGUUUAAAACCAGUCCCAAUUGCAACGUCAUUUUCCUCAGUAAAGUCGGUGAUAACGCCAUCGAUAUACCGUGUGCGACGGUUGUAAUUCAGAUCUCAUUCAACUUCGCUUCCCGAAGACAAGAGACCCAACGUCUUGGAAGAAUUCUCAGACCUAAACCCAAUUCGAACAAACCAACCACCAACUCUCCAGACGACAUUGAAAACUACAAUGCAUUCUUCUACUCCCUGGUCUCUAAGGAUACACAGGAAAUUGCAUAUGCAGAUAAGAGACAACAGUUUAUUGUUGAUCAAGGCUAUGCUUACAAAGUUAUACCCAUGAAUGUGUUUAAUCUAGAUCAACACAAAUUAAUCUUUGAUGACCCAGUUCGACAGAAAACAAUAUUGCAGAAAAUACUCACCUCUAGUGACACUGGUAAAGGGGACCUUGAAGAGGAGGAAAUGCCCUUGAACACUAUCGACUAA